AUGUACUGGCGGUGGGGGAAACAAGCAGUUCGAAAGGGUUUCUGGUGCGUAAAACGGUUUAAAUCGUGUAACGCAUGUGGGGUUAAGCUCCAGAGCCAAAACCCGGCGAAAAUUGGGUUUUAUAAGCCGCCAAAGGCUUCCCUGCGACCUAUAGAAACAGCUCAUCUACGAGACUUGAAGGAACUGAAAUACAUGCUGUUUAGCCAGGGCGUCAAGGGCUUGCAAGAGGAGGAACAGAAGAAGAAAGAAGAGUUUGGUGAACAUGAUGCAGACGAAGAAGGGCCCGAAAACACCAAACUUGUGUGUAAACGGUGCAGUGAUGCCCUCUAUCAUAAUAACUACGACGCAGAGGGGUUCCGUCGUUUUUCGGCACAGGAAGUCCACCGUUUUGUGCCAAAAGGUUCAAAUGUGUUCCACGUCGUUUCCCUCGCGCAGUUCCCGUUUCAUUUUGAUCGACAACUGUUCGCAGAUCCAGACCUCAGCACGGCUUUAUUGCUCUCCAAGGGCGAUCUCAUCACACCAGACAAAGGACUUUUGCAGCGAAAAGCGCCAGUCUUUUUUGGCGACUUUCUGCGUUCAAAACUAAAAAUUUCGUCUGGCAAGGCCGUGGCCUUCUCUGCUACGCAGAAAUGGAACGUUCAGAGCGUAUAUUCGGUGCUUCGUGGCAAUUCGUACCUGCUGGGAAGCCCGAAUUCCGGCAAAUCGACACUUAUCAAUACUCUCCUAGCACGGUACGGAGGACGUAAAGGCGACACAGAGAGUGGAAACGACCGUUUGAGUGCCAAUGUCACCCACGAAAUUGGUGCAGGCGUCUCGCAUCUCCCAAACAUGACUCGCAACCAACAAUCGUUUUUGGUCGGGGAAAAAACCGUGAACGAUCUACCAGGGUAUAGCAAAGAGACACAGAACGUGUCCUUGGAUGCUCUCGUUGAGCCCAAGUUUUUAGAAAGGGUACGAAAAACGCAUCUGUUUUCCAAGUCGAAAUUGGUCAAGCAGACCUAUGAUUCGCUUAAAGGCAGCAGCCACGGACGCUGCUACACCGUUAGCGGGUUAUUUUACCUCAUUCCACCUGCUGGCACCAUAAAUCAAGUGAUCAACUUCAUCCCAGGUAAUGAGAAGCAGUAUCAUAGCCUCGAAAAAGCAUUGUCGGUAGUCGAACGGGAGCUCAACUCUGAAAGUGGGGCUUCAAAGCAGUUUGUUGGUGUUGCACAACCUUUGGCUUCCAAAAACAAUUUUGUUCGCCAUAUACUGCCGCCAUUCCAGGGCACCGUGGAGGUGGUCUUAAAAGACAUUGGCCAUUUCCAGCUGAAGGCUACAGGAAAAUAUGAAUUUUUGGGCCUGUACGAAAUCUGGGUGCCCAAGGGCAUAGACGUCUGCAUUCGUGAACCUAUGGUGCGCUUGAUAGAGAAGGGUUACGAAACGCACCUUGAGUCUCGUGGCAAGAAGAGUUCAUUCCCGGGGAAACGUCCUGUGUUCAGCUCUACAUAUCCAAUGGAGUUCGAAGAAAAUGCCACGCUAAGUCAAGUGCAAGAAAUGUACUUAGAACGAACCAAAAAUAACCUCAUGAGCAGAAGGCUUCUUGACACUGAUCCAAUGCAAACUAUUGGCCAGGUCCAGGUGGAACCACCUAAUCUAUAUUGGUAUUACGAAUGGUGA